UAUUUUCAGUUUGAAGUUUGAAUUCUUUAGUCGUGUGUGUUAUUAACAAUGGAUGAUAAUUCUCUGAUUCUACCUUGUGAAGCAGGAAAAAGGCGAAAACGACCAGUGAGAAAAGAAAAUUGGAAAACAUCAAAAUUAAAAGCGCAAUGGCGUAGGCCAAAAGGUUUACCUGAAUAUCCCACAUGCCGCCAUGACAAGAAAUCUACUUAUUCAUACAUGAGACCCAAGAAGAUGAAGAUUGAAAACUCUUUGAACGGAGACAAGUCUUCAAUUAACAUUUUAUUGAAGAACCAUUACGGAAAUGAAUGGCGAAAUUUACCUGAGUUGGAAUUCUAUAAAAUUAUUGACAAAAUUACACAGAAGCCCAGAAUAGAACAGACCCCGAAGAGGAAUACGAGAGUGAAGAAGAACAACCAGUCCUAAACAUUUAAUAAAAAUGUUUUUUAUUUAUACUAAGUAAGGAUGUAUUAUUCGUUUUGUAUUUUUAUAAUGUUUAAGCGAAUAAAUCAUUCGAAAGUA